AUGGUAUUGCUCUCUCGUCACAUCCGCUCCGUUGCCCCUCUGGCCUCUCGGGGACUUUGCACGCCCUCAAAGGCAUCUUUCCUCGCUGCUCGACCCGCAUUCAGCCGGGCCUCCCCAGCAUCCUCGACUCUCCCUCGCAAACUGCCUGGCCAACUCAGUUCGAUCCGCACACUAACAACUACUCGCCAAAACCAGGUCAAGGUCCUUGCAGUCCUCUACGACGGCGGUCAACACGCCAAAGACGUCCCCGGCCUUUUGGGAACCACCGAGAACGAGCUCGGCAUCCGCAAAUGGCUCGAGGAUCAGGGCCACACUCUGGUCACCACCUCGGACAAGGAGGGCGAGAACUCAAAGUUUGACCAGGAGCUCGUCGACGCCGAGAUCAUCAUCACCACUCCCUUCCACCCCGGCUACCUCACCGCCGAGCGCCUCGCAAAGGCAAAGAACCUCAAGCUCGCCGUCACCGCCGGCAUCGGCUCCGACCACGUCGACCUCAACGCCGCCAACAAGACCAACGGCGGCGUCACCGUCGCCGAGGUCACCGGCUCCAACGUCGUCUCCGUCGCCGAGCACGUCGUCAUGACCAUCCUCGUCCUCAUCCGCAACUUCGUCCCCGCCCACGAGCAGAUCGAGCGCGGCGACUGGGACGUCGCCGCCGUCGCGAAGCAGGAGUACGACCUCGAGGGCAAGACCGUCGGCACCGUCGCCAUCGGCCGCAUCGGCGAGCGCGUCCUCCGCCGCCUCAAGGCCUUCGACUGCAAGGAGCUCCUCUACUACGACUACCAGCCCCUCUCCGCCGAGAAGGAGGCCGAGAUCGGCUGCCGCCGCGUCGAGGACCUCGAGGAGCUCCUCGCCCAGUGCGACGUCGUCACCAUCAACGCGCCCCUGCACGAGAAGACCCGCGGCCUCUUCAACAAGGACCUCAUCUCCAAGAUGAAGAAGGGCUCCUACCUCAUCAACACCGCCCGCGGCGCCAUCGUCGUCAAGGAGGACGUCGCCGACGCCUUGAAGUCGGGCCACCUCGCCGGCUACGGCGGCGACGUCUGGUUCCCCCAGCCCGCGCCCGGCGACCACCCCCUCCGCACCGCCAAGAACCCCUUCGGCGGCGGCAACGCCAUGGUGCCCCACAUGUCCGGCACCUCGCUCGACGCGCAGAAGCGCUACGCCGACGGCACAAAGGCCAUCAUCGACAGCUACCUGAGCGGUCGCGAGGACUACAAGCCCGAGGACCUCAUCGUGCACAAGGGCGACUACGCCACCAAGGCGUACGGCCAGCGCGAGAAGAAGUGA